AUGUUGUCGCGUAGUUUUUUCCGAACUGCCGCCCAAGGCACCCGGCAAUCCGGCCUAUCUAGAGCUGCAAGCCUGGGGGGCAGAGCUCCAUGCGCUAGCUCCACUCUCCCCGUGCAGGGCCGCAGGUCUAUCUCCGUGUAUGGCUACACACAAUCCAAGGCGCUGGUCUACUCCAAAUAUGGCGAGCCCAAAGAUGUCCUCAGUCUACAUAAGCAUUCCAUCUCCGCCCCGCAUGGCACCCAAGUGAAUCUUCGCCUCCUUACCGCUCCCAUGAACCCGGCCGAUGUCAACCAGAUCCAAGGUGUAUACCCUAGUAAACCCCCGUUUGUCUCGACUCUCGGCACAAGCGAGCCGGCUGCCGUCGGCGGUAACGAGGGUGCCUUCGAGGUGAUUACAACCGGCGCGGGUGUCAAGAAUCUGUCCCAGGGUGAUUGGGUCGUUAUGAAGAAGACUGGUCAGGGUACUUGGCGCACACACGCUCAGAUGGAUGAGUCGCAGCUUAUCCGCAUUGAGAACAAGGAUGGGUUGACGCCGCUGCAGGUUGGUACCGUCAGUGUCAACCCGGUGACAGCGUAUCGAAUGAUCCGGGAUUUCUGCGAGUGGGAUUGGAUGCGAGCGGGCGAGGAAUGGUUGAUCCAGAAUGGUGCUAAUAGUGGCGUUGGACGCGCUGCGAUUCAACUCGGCCGUGAGUGGGGUAUUAAGACGAUCAACGUUGUUCGUCAACGAAAGACACCCGAGGAGACGGAGGCGCUUAAGCAAGAGCUCAAGGACCUCGGUGCCACAGUCGUUGUGACUGAGGAAGAGAUGUUAACCGGUCCCUUCCGGGAUAUGAUCAAGGAGGCCACCCGUGGAGGACGAGAGCCGAUCCGCCUUGCACUAAACUGCGUUGGUGGAAAGAACGCUACGGCACUCGCAAAGACCCUGGCACCGGAUUCGCACAUGGUCACAUACGGUGCUAUGUCAAAGCAACCUGUAGCACUGCCCUCUGGGUUGUUGAUCUUCAAGAACCUUGUCUUUGAUGGCUUCUGGGUCAGCAGGUGGGGCGAUAAGAACCCGAUGCUGAAGGAGAAUACUAUCAAGGAUGUGCUGCAGCUGACUCGUGCGGGUAAAUUCAAAGACAUUCCCGUGGACGACGUCAAGUGGACCUGGCAAUCCGAGGGCCCCGAGCUGGCAGAGAGCGUGCAAGGCACUUUGGGUGGGUACCGCAGUGGAAAGGGUGUGCUUACCUACACUGGAGGCGAUGAGUGA